GAGCCCCGGUGACGCACACGGAGAGCGAGCGAGAGACGGCGACCCCCUCCCCGGCCGACAGACAGCCCCCUCGCGGCACCACACGCACGGCCAGGCACGCCGACUCGCCAACUCAAGCAGUCACACACCCGCAAGCGAGAUUACGCAUUGUUAUCUUCAAAUUAGUAUUUGUAUUUCUAUAAAGAACAACAACAACCCCAUUCAAAUUGCGCCGGUCUCUGUCAACGACACAGAUCGCGAGACUCGCGGUCACUCGCGGAACAACUCGCGGAACAACUCGGAGACUCGAGGAACAACUCGGGGACUCGAGGAACAACUCGGGGACUCGAGGAACAACUCGAGGAACAACUCGGGUAGUUGCGGAACUCGCGGAGCUAUGCGGAGUCCCGCGCUCGUGCCGUCGGUGGUCACCGUCCUCCUCCUCCUCGUCUGCGAGCCCCGCUACGGGGACGCGUGGGGGUUCAGGAACGGGAUCUGGCACAACUCCAUCUGGCUCGAGAGCGCUGCGGGUGUUUACCACCGCGAGGCGCGGCAGGGCCGCUACCGCCUCUCGUUCCGCGAGGCGCGCGCCGUCUGCCGCUUCGAGGGCGGAGACCUCGCCACGGUGGAGCAGCUCCGCACGGCGCAGCGGGCCGGCCUGCACAACUGCGUGGCAGGCUGGCUGGCGGGGUCCCGCGUGGGCUACCCCAUCGUGAAGCCCAGCCACAACUGCGGCUUCGGCGUCAAGGGCGUCGUCGAGUACGGCGUUCGCAUCGACAAGGAGGAGCGGUGGGACGCCUACUGCUUCAACCCCAAGGGCAAGCAGUGCGGGGGCAUCUUCACGGAGGAGCAGAGGGACUUCACGUCACCCGACUACCCGGCCUACCGUGACAGGAGCAUCUGCUACUGGCACAUCCGCGUGCCCUACGGCAGCCGCGUGGUCAUCUCGUUCAGCGACUUCAGCGUGGAGGAGGACGCCGUGGCGUGUCUCGCCGACUUCCUCGAGGUCUACGACAGCUACGACGACGUCUCGGGGCUCGUGGGCAGGUUCUGUGGCAGCGAGUUACCCGAAGAUAUCGUCAGCACAAGUAACGUGAUGACCCUCAAGUUCCGAUCGGAUUCGUCUGUGACCGACCGCGGCUUCGUGGCGCAUUACCGCGUCCUGAAGCCGACACGGCCAAGUUCGCUCCCGGGCGCCACUCCGACACCGUGGGAACCCAGGCACAACUACAACGACUACAACAACAACAAGCACAACAACAACAACAAGCACAACAACAAGUCGAAUAGCAGCAGCAGCAGCGUCAACAACACUGCUUACAUCAACAGUGGCGGCGACAACAGCGACAGUAGCAGCAACAGCAGUCGCAGCAACUACGGCGGAGAAACGAUCAACAACAACAGCAGUAGCAGCAGCAUCAACAACCACAGCAGUAGCAGCAUCAAUAACAGCAGCAACAGUAGCAGCAGCACCAAUGGCAGUGCUUAGUGUUGUUCGGUGUGACCCUUCUUCGUGUGCUCUGAAGAAGGCCCAUUGCCCGGAACGUCGCCGAUUAUAUCUUGUUAUUCCGUUUUAAGGCCACAGUGUAAUUGCCGAAUGCGUCAAGUUGGGUGUCUUGUCCGCCAGGUAGUUGAGAAUCGUCGUUAGACGCGUACGUAGGUGUGUGUGUCUCUCUCGUUACAGAUUUACACAUACAUACACACGUACACACGUAUGUGUACAAUUAUACACACACACGUGUGUGUGUGCAUGCGGUCUACACACACGUGUACACAUCAGCAGAUACACAAGGGUGUAUACAUAUGCAAAUGUUCACAUGUAUAGUUUACAUACACACCAGCAAUAUGGCAUAUGCAAAUAUGCUAUAAUGUGGGUGCACACAAAUAUUCCUAUACGUACCUGUAUAUAUUCGUGAUGCUUUAAAAACUGCAGUAACCACAUAUCCACACAGAUAUAGCAUGCGCGGGGUGCACACACACACGCGUGUAUUGUAUGCACAUAUAAGUACACACGUGCAGGUAUGUGCGUAUUGCACAUACAUACAAACCACACACAUAAUGUACACUUAUAUUCUACUCGUACGUGUGAAAUCACACUGAAUUAGACGUAUAUCCAAAUACUUAGAAACACCCAUACGCAUAUAGAGGGUGUACAUAUGAUGCAUAUGUGUGUGUGUGUAUGCAUCAACACAGGCAGCGGUAGCACGUUCGCCGCUUGUCCCAGAGGUUCGCGGUUGGAAUCUGGCAGGCAGCCCUGGACAACACAUCAGGGGUGUUAACACUUCAGAUGUGUUAACCAGAACACAGUGCGCGCUGUCAAUCAGGCCACGUGCUGCGUGGCCCGUGUGUGCCGCAUAGGGACAGCUGCCACUAGGGGUGCCCUCGGCUAGACCACGGAGCGAUCAUCGUCCCCUAGUAAGCAAACUAAGAGCUGCUCGCAGGUCACGUGCUGAGGCACCUUGUGCCACAUGGGGGGGGGGGGGGUGUCCUUUAAAACGUGUCGACACGAGUGUGUGAGAUGCGAGUCGGCGUGAGAUGCCGCGGCGCACAGGAAGAGGCGCUCCGUCUACAGCAAGGCAGUGUCGUUUGACAAUGCAGUGUGGCCAUUGUAUUACAAGCGAGGUCACUUUCCAAGUUUAAAAACAUUGCCCUCAAACUACUUGCAUUUGGAGUACGCAAGGCGGCAACCUCGCCCUCAUCCACUCGGCCCCUUGCUGUGCAACUAUUUGGCUUAUUAACACGCAGCAGCAGGCUUUCGCGACCAAUACCAAUUAUUUAUGCGAUCUAACACCUGAAAAAAACCCUCUAUUAUGGGUGUGCAACUCCUGCAGGCAACACCCCCCGACGCCUACAAACAUCUGACACCGUGACGUCAAAGCGCGCCCCCCCCCCCCCCAAAGUGCGGGGCCCGGGGCGACGUUCGCCACCGCUUCGCCGUGCGCCCCUCGGGGAGACGGCUCCGAUGGCGCGAACACGAGGAGUCACUCAAAGGAAGCACGCGCAUCACGGCACACGAUUCGAGCGCUCCCCAAACGCGUCGAUCGACUACAGGCGUGUUGCGCUCCACCGCGUUCCUGGUGAUUUAGCCAAAGGCGAUUCGCGUGUGCAGAUGCUUCCAAUCAGGUGAGGUCCGUGUGCGUGUUUAUGUCGCCACGCGUAGCCCCGUGCACACAACGCAUGCAUGCGGACACGCGCGCGCACGUGUGUGUGCCAUGCUGGUCAUAACCGAGGUCCGCGUAUAGUGUAACUAUACAUAUAGCGCAUGUACGCAAUUUGUACUUAAGACAUGGCAGAUUGUUUAAUAAUUGACUUAUUUUGGAUUUGAUCGUGUACAGAGGUUUGUCGUAAACCCUCUCCAACCCGACAGAGGCAAUUAAUAAUGCAAGUGUCACGUGCACCAGACGUGGCCAAAUAUAUGACGGCUUGAGCAGCAGCAGCGGUGUUGAUGUUGGGAGAGGAAUCUGACAACAUGCACGAGGGUGCGAGAUCUGAGCUCAUUUUAAACAACCUCAAGAUUCUGAAUGCGAUAUCCAGCGACACGUCGUUACCCACAUUACGUGAAUGUUGUCAAGCAGUGCAUUGGGUCUGGCCACGCUUGAUUUUACGUGACACUUGUAAUUAUUAAUUGGCUGUGUCGGGUGGAGGAGGGCUUACGACACACCGUUUUUUUAUUUUAUUUACACGACGACCUAACCCAAAUGAAACCGAUUAUGAAUCGUAUCGGUCGUGAGAGCCUAUAUAUACACACAUACACACAAGUGGCCAGAUUGUGUUCUUUGCGUGCAUGUUGCGUGAAUUCAUUCCGUAGCAGCUGACGCGGCGAAGGCACACGGCGGUGGUGCGGAACAAGCCAGGGACAUUGAUAUAUGUUUUAGACAACCCGGCGGCUAAUUGUUCAGGAGCAUGUUGACCAUGGCCAUGUUCGCAGAGCUCUCUCAGCCAGCCCGUGAUUAGAACCGGACUGUUCUCGAGUGUGACGGGGUCCAUGGGCCUCUCUGCCCCUUCUCGAAUCAACGACAGGACCCGCCAGUCGCCACUCAGUGACGGCGACGUCACCACAGCGCCUGUGCCAGGCUAGGUGCACGCUGAGGCCACGUCAAGUGUCGGAGGCUCGCUGGCAGGUCACGGGAUAAUCCCGGAUGCGAUGGGUUCACUGAUUUGAGAUGACUGGCAGAUGCACAAGCUGUACCACCGACUGUGCCAGCUUUACCGAGAUGACUGGCAGAUGUACCCCGUACUGUGCCCCUUAACGAACGACCGCACACACUUCGAACGUAUUAAACAUUCAGUUUGUCACUUAAA